CUGUGAAAAAAGACGUGCAGGAAAGACUGCAGAGAGAAGUGGCUGAGGUUACUGCUAAUGAGAGCUCUGUCAAUCUAAAGUCUGAUCUGCUGGAAUCAGUGAAAAGGCUCACCUCACCUAGAGAAACAGGAAAGGAGCUGAAGACUCUUAGUAAAACUCUAGCUCACUUGAGGCAUCAUAUAAGUAUUGUGAAGCAGGGUGGAGAAUAUUUUCAUAUCCUUCACCAAGAGUCACUGGAGCAGAAGAAAGCAUUGAAAGCAGAAAAGUCUCAGGUAACGAGAUGGAGAACUGACUUCCAGCCAUGCAAAUAUUCUUCUGAGGUAGAGAUGUCAGAUGAAGAAAUGAACACUUCCUCUCCAAUAGAAGGCAGCCACCCAAAAAAAUCAGGGAAGAAGAAAAAAAAGAUGACCUUACGGUCUUAUGCUCCCAUUUAUAGCAGUGUCCUGAUUCCAAGACCCUCUGAAGCACGAAGUGAAUGUUUUUUCCGCCAGCUGUGUGCCAUACAUUGGCUUUUGGAAGCUCUGACUCUUGAAUCCAGCAGUUCAAUGCAUUCUAUAUUAUCCUGCUGGAAUCUAACGGACCCUGGUGGCUUUAAAAAAUCAGUGAAGGAAAUCGAAGAGGAAAAGUUUGCAACAUACAUGUGGGAGCUCUUUGUUACGAACACAAAGAAAUACAUGCGGAAAGCGCGGCGCAUCCCGUUCAGGAGGCAGACAAACAAGGCAGCUGCUCCAGCCAGCUCUCAGCUUAGCAGUCAGUCAUCUCACGGUCAGACCCCUCUCAGCAGUGUAAAUUCUCUUGUGCUUUGCUCUGAAGACGUCAACCCGAGCAGAGCUUUGGCCAGUGUUACCAGUGUGUCAAUGCAAACUAAAGAACAACAACUUUCCCCCUGUAAGUACCUUUUCUUGGCUGCCAAUAUCAAGUAGGCUUACUUUCAGUAUCACUAAGGAGUGCUUCAAAGACACUGCUAGACAUGCCUGUGUAAAAGUGUACAUCCUCUUCAGGUGUAGGAAACUUCAUACAUGUCUCUCUGCCCUUACCAGUCACAAAUUGUUUAAAGAUGGCAUAACCCCAUGUGAAUAUUAAGAGAUUUUAGUUAUAUCAGCUGUAUAAUCAGACUGUUGUUCACAUCCAUAAUGUCCAAUAGGAGGUAAAAGCAUUGAAACUGUUCUCUGGCAUAAUCAACUGAUGCUCUGAACAUACAUCUAUUUAAUGGAGGGCUUUGUUAUUCUGUGCUCCUCCAUUAGUGACUGCCUGCACUUGAUAGACACGGCAGAACAGUUUGCAAUGCAUUUCACUAUAUAGCAAGGCAAUCUUUAGCCUUUCCCUUCUUCUACUUCAAGGCCAGAAAAGCAAAUUAGUAUUUAUCAUAGAAUCACAGAAUGGCCUGAAUGGGUUGAAAAGGACCACAGUGAUCAUCCAGUUUCAAACUCCCUGCUAUGUGCAGGGUCUCCAACCAUCAGAGCCACAUCCAGCCUG